AUGAUUCUGGAGCACCUUCCCGGAAAAACUUUGAUGAGGUUCUUGUCUGUUAAAAAGCAGUGGGCUGCGAUGAUAGAAAGCGAAAGUUUUAGGGAAACUUACAGAUCCGCUUCGGAGAAGAAACCGAAGAUACUCUUCUCAGCCAGAAUACAGGAAAAGCCCGAGUCUAAGAUAUUCACAUGCCACAG